AUGGCAGAGGGUACAGCGGCGGCAGGAGGACACGUCAGCCUGCAGGACAUCCUGAGAGGAAGGACAGAUGGAGCUAAGAGGACAAAGUCCAACAUGGCUCUGCUGGGGAACCGGUAUGGCCACCGAGCUCUUCCUCGGCUCAUCCCAGAGAAACAGUUUGAAGUUCUUUUGUCCAAACUUUGCAAAAACUCUGAAGGCGUUAAGCAGCUGAAUCAGUGGUUCUUAAAGGACAACAAUGCUGUCCCGCCCACCUACGUCCUGCAGCCAAUCACGGCUCACUUCCCCCACUACAGCGACCUCCGACCUGAGAGUAGGCAGCAGCAUGACAGCCAUGUCCUGUCCUGGCGUUUAACAGAGACUCAGCUGUUGCAGCUCCUACGAUCUGCGGCCACUGACUCUGAGGCCGCCGGAGACAUUACAACCGAGCAGAAACAACACUUCCACACAUCAGUCACAGAGCGGGAGUUCGAGCAGGGUUUGUGGAAGGACAACCAUUUGCCGCCUGCUCUGCUCUUUGUCCGAGAGAUUCCCCGCCAGAGAGUGAGGGAUGGUCCCAAACGUCUCGCCAAGUUCAUGGACAUCACCGCUGACGGGCUGCUAGACACGGAAGCUCAGGGACUCCUCAGCGGACUGAAGUCACGGCUGUACGCCACGUCGCAGCAGAUCCUCAACCUGCACUGUGUGGAGCUUAGCAGAGGAAGCAUCGACCCCAAGCGCAAAGAGCACGCUCAGUACCUGGACAGCGUCUGUGAGCAGUUUGUGUCGCAGAUGAAGGCCCGGAUCGGAGCAGCGGUGGACUUGCCGGUGGAUGCCGGGCGGAGGAGGAUCUGGGGAAACACUCAGGAGGAAAAGGAGGACGUGUCAACCUGGGUGGUUGAGGAGGUGAUGCAACACGUAGACAUGAGUGUGGAGCUGAGUAAAGGUCUCCAUGGCAGGGAGGGCCUUCUGGGUAAGCUCUGCCUCGCCAUGUGGGAGUCUACCAAUGUCCGUCACAGCCCGCUCGUGGUACACGGCGCUGCUGGAAUAGGGAAGACAGCUCUAUUGUGCAAACUGGCACAAGAGAUGCGAAGCGUCCUGGAGGCUGGGGUGGUGGUGGCGAUCAGGCUGCUGGCCGACCGUCACCCUCAGAGACUUAACAUCGACCACGUCCUCCGCAGUAUCUGCCUCCAGGUGUGCCUCGCCUGUGGUCUGGCUCCGCCCUCACCUCUGACGGCCAACACUUACCUGGAGCUGCUGCGGUUCUUCAGGAACGUUCUGGCGGACGUUUCACAGCAGGGGAACACGCUGCUCAUCAUCCUGGACUCUCUGGACCAGCUUUCAGACCAACAUCAUGCUCACAAGCUCCACUGGCUGCCUCCCGAUGUCCCACCUAACGUCCACCUGGUGGUCUCCAUGGACACCAACAGUGAGGCAUUCGCCAACAUGCGGCUGAAGCUGGACUCUUUGGAGAGCUUCUUUGAGGUGGAGCGUUUGUCUCAUGAUGAUGGCAAGCACAUCAUGGAGUCGUACCUGCGAGCGUCUCAGCGAACUUUGACCUCCGAGCAGAGCGAUGCUUUGCUGCGGAGCUUCGAGGCGACUGGCUGUCCUCUCCACCUCAAACUGAUGCUGUCUGCAGCCAAAAGCUGGACGUCCUUCACCCCGCUCACCGAGCUGCGUCUGGGCGCCAGCACGCAGGAGAUGAUGUCACAGCUCUUCCUGAUGCUGGAGGAGAAACAUGGGAAGGAGCUGGUGGGCGGGGCUUUGGGAUACAUCGCUUUGGCAAGGGACGGUCUGCUGGAGGGGGAGCUACGUGACGUCAUGUCCCUGGACGACAAUGUCCUCAGCGAGGUGUACAAGUACUCCCUCCCUCCGACACCUUCCAUGAUCCGUCUGCCUCCCCUCCUCUGGGCUCGACUCAGACGGGACCUCGAGGACCAGCUGGAGGAGCGAUGGAGUGGCGGAGUCGUCGCCGUCGCCUUCAACAGCCGGCGUCUGUCUGAAGCGGUUUCAGCCCGCUAUCUGACAUCAGAGCGACGGGGGCGGUGCCUCAGGAUCCUGGCGGAGUAUUUCCUGGGUCGGUGGGCGGGGAAACUGAAGCCGGUGGCUCUGCCGGAUCUGUCGCUGCUGCUGUCCGACAGAAAGGUCCCGCCUCAGCCACUGUGGUUUGCUCCUGGAUUAGCUAACAUCAGGAAGCUGCAGGAGCUGCCCUACCAUCUGCUGCACGCCGGCCUGUGGGAUGAGCUGCAACAGCAAGUCAUUGGCAGUGCUGAGUGGCUGUACUGUAAGAGCAGAGUGUGUGGGGUGUCCAGUGUGAUCCAUGAUCUGGACCAGUGCUCCCAGUACAUGGACUGCACUGAAGCUGGACUGAUCAGAGACGCUCUGGUCCUGAUCAAACCAAGCCUGGACUUCCUGGAAGGUCACAUGGACAUGUCUCUGUUCUACACCGAGCUGCUGGCUCGACUCGCGUCUCUCGCCGCUGCCUUCCCCACUGUGAUUGGCCAGCUGUGCAGCCAGUGUGAGGAGUGGUUGUUGUCGUGUCCAGAGCCGGUUCUCAUCCCAAAGACCAGCUUCCUGCAGCAGCCAGGGGGGGCGCUGCAGCACACACUGACCGCACUGCAGGGAGGUGUCGUCUGUGUGGACAUCAGCAUUGAGACAAAGCUGCUGGUUGCGGGAUCAGACGACGGCGCGGUGGCGGUCUGGAGCCUCGCUGACAAACAGCUCAUACACACUCUGCUGGGACACACAGCUGCAGUCUUGUCUGUAAAGGUGAUUGACCUCUCCGCCCAGUGCCUCUCAUUGGCUGCCGACAGCUCUCUGAGGAAGUGGAGCCUGACGAACGGCCAACAGCUGCUCUGUAUCCAGGAGGCGAUACCUGCUAACUCCAUCUCCUCCUCAGUGCACCUCCGCCUGUCUGAGCAGCUGCUCUUUGUGUACACCAGGACACAGGUGAAGGUGUGGAGGCUGGACGGUUCUGAGCUCCACCUCUGCAGCAGCAGUGAUGAGGCCUGGCUGGUUCUGGGAGUUCUGGGAGAAUCUGUUGUCUCUCUAUCAAACUCCGGUCAAGUCAGACUGUCUCAUGCAGCUAACGGGACCCAAACUGUGAAACCUCAGCUGGAAAACUUAGCAAACAGUCUGACUCCUGUGAUCUCUGUUUCGUUACCUAAACGAGGAAAAGUGUUUGUGGUGUCCAAGGAAGGAUUCCUCCAUCAGAUUUCCAAGAUGGGUAAACACACACCUAUUGAGUUUCCUCUGCUUCCUUCUUUACUGUCAGUUACUGAAGAUGAGAAAAUCCUGUUGGCAGGCAGCGAGCGAAAUCUGAGCCUCUUCAACAUCCACACACACUCUGUGGACAGAUUCCUCGACCUCCAGCACGACGACAACAUUUUGUGCGCCUGCAUCUCUUCAGACUGCAGACUGGUCGUCUCUGGAGCUGCAGACCAGCUCAUACGAGUCUGGUCGGUGACCACUGGCGCCCUGUUGGACACUCUGUGUGGUUCAGAGGCUCCGGUCACCUGUGUGCUUUUCUAUAACGGCUUCGUGGUUUCUGCCUCAACGGCUGCGUCGUCUGUCCAGCUGUGGAGUCUGAAAUAUGACACUCGACACAAACCCACCGCCCACAUCCCUGCUGGCUCCGCCCACGUCGCCAUCACCAAAGACGCAGAUCAAGUUUUCUACGUGCGGCAGCAGAGCCACACGGAGGUGAUGAGCUGGAACAACGUCUCAGGUUCUCUGUCAGAGCGUCUGGCUGUCUCUGCUCAGGUUUGCUGUCUGGAGUUAGCUCAGCACAAACGUUUGCUGCUCUGCGGUCUGACCAGCGGCACCGUCCUCAUCUACCCGUUAGCCCUGCCACAGGAGACGCUCUGCAUCCCGCCGCCGGAGAGCCUGUCCAGGGUGCUGUGCCUGGCCGUCAGCUCCCAGGAGAAGCACAUGGCGGUGGCCUACGAGGACUCAGUGUGUGUGUUCGAGAUCACCACCAGAGACAGCUUCCCCACAGUGGAGGGGCCCCUGCAGAGGUUCUCCCUGUCCCUCCUCCACGCCCCGCUGUCCUCCAUGGCCCUGCUGCCCGACCGCAAGCUGCUGUACGGGACAAGCUGCGGGGAGGUGAAGCUGCACGACUUCGACAGCGGUGGAAACUCCAACCUGGAGCCCCAUCGCAGCAGAGUGACCUGUGUGACGGGCAGUAACUGGGGGACUCACGCUCUGGUGGGCUCCGAGGACGCCGUGCAGAGGCUGUGGGCCCUGAACCCACUGGCCCUGGACCACACCAUGGAGUACAAGGGUUUUUUCUUCGAGGGCGUCCUCUCUGCUGCGUUCUCCGACAGCGAUCAGUUCGUCUUUACAGGAUCUCAGGACAGAACUGUCAAAGUCUGGGACGUGGCCUCAGGAAAGCUGCUGUACGUCCAGUACGUCUACUCCCCUGUUGUCCGGAUGGUGACCUUCAGGAACGGCUUUGUGGCCUUGUCUCAGCAGGGUUCUGUCAUCAAGGAGGUGUUCCGCUGUCCGGACCACAUCAGCCCGGACUACAACCCCCUGAGGAACGUCAAGGCCCAGUACCGGGUCACCUCCAGGGAGAAGAGCCGGGACGACAAGCAGGACUCUGUGUCCGACCUCCAGGACUUUAACCCAGCCCAGUUCAACCUGAACCUCAUGAGCAUGCUCAGAGCCAAACCCUCCUCCACCUGUGUGAUACUGUAGGACACUGUGGCCCAAACUCUGGCUCCUGGACCCUUUAGGGGAAGCUUCAGAAGAAAUUUACAUUUUUCUUUGCAUUAUUAAGAAACAUUUUAAUUUACCAGAAUGAAUAUUUAUUAAUAUUAUGUACAGCAGACACCUGUUGUCCUGUUAACCACUGCACAUGUAAAUUUUCUGUAGAGCUGUUAAUCAUGUGAAAAAUGUCCUAAAACAUCUGUUUAGCUGUCUAGAAUUAUCUUUAUUUAAUAACAUUAAAUACUUGCUUUGUCCUGUU